GGAGAAGUUAUCUUACUCCUCUUUUAGACUCAGAAGAAAUGACUCGUCCUGUCGUUUGUUCUGCAAUGUAUGUUUGUAAAUAGUUUUGAUUACACGAUUUUUUCACGAUGUAAGAACGGUGACACAAUCCGUAUUAAGAUUGACCUUAAAAAUGGCUGGAUUUAAGAAAAACUCUAACAUGCUUAUUGAGAAACAUUUAUAGUGCAGUUUAAACGAUGAAGAAUACACGAGAUUUUCUGUUAAAAUUUGAUGACCACAAGCAACAAAAGUCAUAUAAAUGCACUAAUCAUGCUGAACAGUUUCUUCUUUCAUUUUGGAGAAUAAUAUUGAGCAGUAUUUAAACCUGUUUUCAAGAAACUACCCAUGAGAAUAUUAACAUAAAUCUAGUUUUGGAUUCUGUUCAAAAUCAUGGCACUCAUGACUGAAAUUUCCACUAUUACAGUGCAUUCAAACGACCAUUCUUACAACUUAAUAUCGACAGAGAACAGUCUUGAAAUACAGGGACAGCAAUACAAUGUCACUGACGCUCUAUAUCCGACAUUUUCUAAUGGCGUAGGAGCAAUCGCUAUUGCAAUUUCACUCGGCAUAUUCAUACUGCUAACCAUUCUCGGAAAUGUCUUCGUAAUUUAUGCCAUAUCAACAGAAAAAAAUUUGAAAGGACUGGCUAAUUAUCUUAUUCUGUCACUUGCAGUUGCAGAUCUGAUGGUAGCAAUCUUAGUUCUACCAUUCAGCGCUCUGAAUGAAGUCUACCAACAAGUUUGGAUUCUUGGACCAGAAAUCUGCAGAUUAUGGACUUCAUUGGAUGUUCUUUGCUGUACUUCUUCAAUAUUACAUUUACUUGCCAUUGCUGUGGAUAGAUACUGGGCGGUCACAAACAUAGAAUAUGCUAGAAAUCGUGACCGUCGAAAAAUCUAUCUACUUAUAGCUGGUGUUUGGACUGGCUCUUCUGUGAUCUCUUUUGCACCAGUAUUUGGCUGGAAAGAUCCAGAAUUUUAUCAAAGGCUUGCAGAAGGACGCUGCAUGGUGAGUCAAAACAUGUAUUAUCAAGUUUUUGCAACCUGUUUGAGCUUUUAUAUACCUCUCGUUUUCAUUUGUCUUCUCUACUGGAAUAUUUUCAAACAAGCCAGGAAAAGAAUACGAAGCAAACCGGGUGCAUCAGCUGUUUUGAUAGAGAAGAGUAACAGCACUGCUCAAUGUUCCACGUCUCCUCAACUAAACGAAAAUGAGCCACCAGAUCCAGGCAGAGAUCAUACACAUCUUCAGGUAUCAGAAAAUGGCGUCAGUUCCAGUCAAGCUGGUUUAGGCCGCUUGAUACAUUUGGCUAAGCGAGAGAAAAAAAUUGUGAAAGAAUCAACAGAGGCAAAAAGAGAAAGAAAAGCUGCUAAGACAUUGAUGAUUAUUACUGGUGCUUUCAUAAUUUGUUGGCUGCCAUUUUUUGUAAUGGCUCUAUUGAUGGCAAUUUGGGAAUGGGCGAUUCCCAACGAUUUAGUUUUUAGCUUGCUUCUGUGGAUGGGAUAUACUAAUUCAUUGAUAAAUCCCAUCAUUUAUACAAUUUUCAGUCCUGAUUUUAGAAAUGCUUUUGAUCGAAUUCUCUGUGGUGCUUACUAUACGACUCAAAGACACUGAAAAUAUAUGAUAUCAUCUUUCAUCAAUAAAACUAAGUACUUACUUGUUAUGAUUAGUGAUACCAUUCAAAUUAGUGAGAUAUUGUCACGUGAAGUACUUAUUAAAGUGUUAUAAAGAUAGUUCAUAUUUGCAUUAAUUUUACGUUACAUACAUCGCACGUGACUAAACUGGCAAUAAAGUUAUUAAUGUGCAAUAAAACCUAUAAUGUGUUGGGGUAGUAUAUACACGAAACUGAUACGAUGGAAGAUCUGCUACAUAUCAUAAAUAUAUAUUCCAAGCAUUUCUACAAGUUUAUGUUCCCUGGAUAUUGUUAGUGAAAUACAUACUGACUGCGUCAUUUUCACUCAAACUAUGGUAAGCUUAACUAUGUCAUUAAAGAAGUGUUUCUUUUCUCUUAAACUAACACGAAAAUUAUAUAAAAGCGCCAAAAAUAAUAAAUGUUUUGUCUUGAAUCAAAGAUGUGUGUAAAUAUCUAGCAGUAGAAAUAUUUUUAUUGAACCGAAUGUAGAAAGACGGCAUACAAAUGACAAUAAUAUUGAAGAUCUGUAUAUGUUUUUAAAUUAAAUAGCUAAUUGAGUGAAAAAAGCAAAACGGUGCUUAGAUAUGAGAGUGUAGAGCAAGCAAUAAAUGACAUAUUUUUUAGCAUUUUGAAACAAUACUCCAACGUCAUUUAUUUCGAUGCAUAAUAAUUUCAUUUGCUGUGUAUUUUUUAUAUUUAUUUAACUAAUUGAAACUUCCUAAUGCAUCCUCAGUAUAGAAUGACUAAUGACCUAUAAUUAUGUUGAUGUUUUCUGCGAGUUACAAGACUAUCUUUAAAGAUAUUUUAUGAUAGUUUCAUCACAAAUAAGUUAUAUGAGCAAUACGUUUACCUUUACCUAAAUUAGGAUACUUCAUAAUUCAAUGCAAUUUCGACCACGAAGUAUUAUAUUUUCUUCAUAUUAUUAAGUGUAAAUAAAGCUAUCUAGACACAGCCAGUUGUCGGCCAAUGGAAUCAUGGAGUUUAAAACUCAUCAAUUUCCUGAUCAACUGCCUGAUGAUAGCUAUGCAUUAAACACUGGCCACCUUUACUUCGGAGGCAAGCUGAUGCUCAUCGAUAUCAAAUUGAUGGUGAAUUCAAGUCGCCAUCACCGGGGAUUGAAUUUCAAACAGUCAUACUAAUAGUGCAAUGCUUUAACCAUUGUGCCAUCAAGUCUCUUUUGUUGAGUGUAUCCGAGAUCACGUAUAUGAGUUAUCAACUUAAAUUUGUAAUUUAGAGCCAGUGAUUUGAAACAAGGCAAUUCUGGCAUUUUAUUUUAAUGAUUAGUGAUAGAUUUAUAAUUUGUAAAAAAAAAAGUUUAACUAAAAUUUCAGAUUGAAGAAGUAAAGAUUACUUAUUGCGCAUGUUUUGUCUUAAUUUUUUGAUAAUUAUUUUUUAAAGUAGAAAAUAU